AUGAGCACCAUGCGCCUGCUGACACUCGCCCUGCUUUUCUCCUGCUCCUUCGCCCGUGCCGCCUGCGACCCCAAGAUCGUCAACAUCGGCGCGGUGCUGAGCACGCGGAAGCACGAGCAGAUGUUCCGCGAGGCUGUGAACCAGGCCAACAAGCGGCAUGGCUCCUGGAAGAUCCAGCUCAAUGCCACCUCCGUCACCCACAAGCCCAACGCCAUCCAGAUGGCCUUGUCGGUGUGCGAAGACCUCAUCUCCAGCCAGGUCUACGCCAUCCUGGUUAGCCACCCGCCUACCCCCAACGACCACUUCACUCCCACCCCCGUCUCCUACACAGCCGGCUUCUACCGCAUCCCCGUCCUGGGGCUGACCACCCGCAUGUCCAUCUACUCAGACAAGAGCAUCCACCUGAGCUUCCUGCGCACCGUGCCGCCCUACUCCCACCAGUCGAGCGUCUGGUUCGAGAUGAUGCGCGUCUACAGCUGGAACCACAUCAUCCUCCUGGUCAGCGACGACCACGAGGGCCGGGCGGCGCAGAAGCGCCUGGAGACACUGCUGGAGGAGCGCGAGUCCAAGAGUAAAAAAAGGAACUAUGAAAACCUCGACCAACUGUCCUAUGACAACAAGCGCGGACCCAAGGCCGAGAAAGUGCUGCAGUUCGACCCGGGGACCAAGAACGUGACGGCCCUGCUGAUGGAGGCGCGGGAACUGGAGGCUCGGGUCAUCGUCCUCUCUGCCAGCGAGGACGACGCUGCCACCGUGUACCGCGCAGCCGCAAUGCUGAACAUGACCGGCUCGGGGUACGUGUGGCUGGUGGGGGAGCGCGAGAUCUCGGGGAACGCCCUGCGCUACGCCCCAGACGGCAUCAUCGGGCUGCAGCUCAUCAACGGCAAGAACGAGUCGGCCCACAUCAGCGAUGCCGUCGGGGUGGUGGCCCAGGCCGUGCACGAGCUUCUCGAGAAGGAGAACAUCACCGACCCGCCGCGGGGCUGCGUGGGCAACACCAACAUCUGGAAGACCGGGCCGCUCUUCAAGAGAGUGCUCAUGUCUUCCAAGUACGCAGACGGCGUGACCGGCCGCGUGGAAUUCAACGAGGAUGGGGACCGGAAGUUUGCCAACUACAGCAUCAUGAACCUGCAGAACCGCAAGCUGGUACAAGUGGGCAUCUACAAUGGCACCCAUGUCAUUCCCAACGACAGGAAAAUCAUCUGGCCAGGUGGAGAGACAGAGAAGCCCCGAGGUUACCAGAUGUCCACCAGGCUGAAGAUCGUGACGAUCCACCAGGAGCCCUUCGUGUAUGUCAAGCCCACGCUGAGCGACGGCACGUGCAAGGAGGAGUUCACCGUGAACGGGGAUCCGGUGAAGAAGGUGAUCUGCACCGGGCCCAACGACACGUCGCCGGGCAGCCCACGCCACACCGUGCCUCAGUGCUGCUACGGCUUCUGCAUCGACCUACUCAUCAAACUGGCGCGGACCAUGAACUUCACUUACGAGGUGCACCUAGUGGCGGACGGCAAGUUCGGCACGCAGGAGCGGGUGAACAACAGCAAUAAGAAGGAGUGGAACGGGAUGAUGGGCGAGCUGCUCAGCGGGCAGGCGGACAUGAUCGUGGCGCCGCUGACCAUCAACAACGAGCGCGCACAGUACAUCGAGUUCUCCAAGCCCUUCAAGUACCAGGGCCUGACCAUUCUGGUCAAGAAGGAGAUCCCCCGGAGCACGCUGGACUCGUUCAUGCAGCCCUUCCAGAGCACGCUCUGGCUGCUGGUGGGGCUGUCAGUGCACGUGGUGGCCGUGAUGCUGUACCUGCUGGACCGCUUCAGCCCCUUUGGCCGGUUCAAAGUGAACAGCGAGGAGGAGGAGGAGGACGCGCUGACCCUGUCCUCCGCCAUGUGGUUCUCCUGGGGCGUCCUGCUCAACUCGGGCAUCGGGGAAGGCGCCCCCAGGAGCUUCUCGGCGCGCAUCCUGGGCAUGGUGUGGGCCGGCUUCGCCAUGAUCAUCGUGGCCUCCUACACUGCCAACCUGGCGGCCUUCCUGGUGCUGGACCGGCCCGAGGAGCGCAUCACCGGCAUCAACGACCCCCGACUGAGGAAUCCUUCGGACAAGUUCAUCUACGCGACGGUGAAGCAGAGCUCCGUGGACAUCUACUUCCGGCGGCAGGUGGAGCUGAGCACCAUGUACCGGCACAUGGAGAAGCACAACUACGAGAGCGCGGCCGAGGCCAUCCAGGCCGUGCGGGACAACAAGCUGCAUGCCUUCAUCUGGGACUCGGCGGUGCUGGAGUUCGAGGCCUCGCAGAAGUGCGACCUGGUGACCACCGGCGAGCUGUUCUUCCGCUCAGGCUUUGGCAUCGGCAUGCGCAAGGACAGUCCCUGGAAGCAGAACGUCUCCCUGUCCAUCCUCAAGUCCCACGAGAACGGCUUCAUGGAAGACCUGGACAAGACGUGGGUGCGGUACCAGGAGUGUGAUUCGCGCAGCAACGCCCCUGCUACCCUCACCUUCGAGAACAUGGCAGGGGUCUUCAUGCUGGUGGCCGGGGGCAUCGUGGCUGGGAUCUUCCUGAUCUUCAUCGAGAUCGCCUACAAGCGGCACAAGGAUGCCCGCCGGAAGCAGAUGCAGCUGGCCUUCGCAGCGGUGAAUGUGUGGAGAAAGAACCUGCAGGAUAGAAAGAGUGGUAGAGCAGAGCCUGACCCUAAAAAGAAAGCCACAUUUAGGGCUAUCACCUCCACCCUGGCUUCCAGCUUCAAGAGACGUAGGUCCUCCAAAGACACGCAGUACCAUCCCACUGAUAUCACGGGCCCGCUCAACCUCUCAGAUCCCUCGGUCAGCACCGUGGUGUGAGGCCCCCGGAGGCGCCCACCUGCCCAGUUAGCCCGGCCAAGGACACUGAGGGGUCCUGCUGCUCGGGAAGGCCUGAGGGAAGCCCACCUGCCAGAGACUGCCCACCCUGGGCCUCCCGUCCGUCCGUCUGCCCUGCUGCCUGGCGGGCAGCCCCUGCUGGACUGAGGCUUGGGCCAGAGCUGCUGAGGACGGGUCAGAGCUGAGCUGGCUGGGCAGGGCCGCAGGGCGCUCCGGCAGAGGCAGGGCCCUGGGGUCUCUGAGCAGUGGGGAGAGGGGCUGACUUGGCCCCGGGCAGAGGGGCUUGGAGCAGAGACUGAAGCCCCAUCCUUCCCCAGCCACCACCAGAGCCAUCAUGGGGGCCCUUGGCCCUGGCUGGCUGGGUCCCCCGCUCCCGCAGCGCCGGCACCUCACAGCCUUGUCCCACCUCUCCCUUCUUGCCCACAUCCCUUCUCCGCUUGACCCCAUCCUCUGAGCUGGCCCUGCCCUUCCCGGACUGCAGACCCUGACCCCCCAGCUGGCAGCUGCCUCCCAGGGGCGCGCUCGGGCUCCCCACUGCCUCCCCCUUCUCCGGACUCCGUGAGGGCUGAGCCUUCUCUUCGCCUCCUCUGGCCCGCAGCCCAGGAUACCCUUCCCCGGACGCUGGCUCGGGACUGUCCUCAGCCCCGCGCGCCACCUUGUACAGGCCCAGCCCUUCCCGCGUCCAGGCGUGUGCCUUCCCCCGCUGCGGCCCGAGCGCCGCCGAGCGCUGCCCCUCCGCCCCAGGGGCCCGGCGCGCACCGCCCUCCC